UCUUACCGUCUUGAUGAGACCCGUCCUCCCAGUAGAAGCCACUCACGCACCACAUUGCGACCCAAAGGUGGACGUACAAAAAACUGCCCAGAAAUCAAUUCACCGGUCGUUCGCCUCAGCAUCGCUUAAAGAUUAGCCCCAGACAUGCCUUGAGGCUGUGGAGGCUGAGCCCGGGGCAGACUGCGCGCUUGCACGACAUGGGAUGAAAUAGGCCUUGCUAGGGCCUCAUAUGGUUUAAGUAGCUGCCUGUUUCCUAUGUCGUUCGCAGCUUGGUUCAUUUGCUUCCGUUAUGUCGUUCUUCCUGUCCCACAGGAUUGUUUGACAAGGCCUCAAUAUCGUUGUUUAUCGAGCCUGUGAUUUCUAGGUGUCUGCAGUCAUGGCUGAAGUCAGCCUUGCUGUAGUGUCUUUGACCUUUCAGGUCUUUUCGGGGUGCAUUCAGGGCUAUGAGCUUAUAACCGAUGCGCGUCACAUGCCCUCCGACUGCCAGUACCUACGAGUACGAUUGAUGACCGAGAAAUACCGACUCCUAGACUGGGCAGACGUUGUCAAACUAGAUGAAACAGACGACAACCUCCUCAUCAGCAAUUCCAGCAAAGGCCUCCUUCUGGAUGUGCUAGACCAGCAACGCCGUCUCCUUCACCAAUUUGGGCGCCUCGACGAGAAGUACAAGAAUUUAUCCAAACCGCUUCUUGUAGACUACGCAGAAGAGAAUGGCGUCCUCCCGGAUCCGCCGGCUUACUCGCCAAACGAAGAAAGUCCGACUGCAGUUCACAGAGUGGACUCUGACUUUCAGCGCCGGUUCCCGCAGUCAGAGGUGCUGCUCAAGAAGAGCCUAGAAUGGGCGAAGAAGUCGACGGGAAUCCCCAGACGGUUGAAGUGGGCUACUUUUGACAGAGCGAAGAUGGAGAACCUGGUUCUUAAGCUGGCGUCCUUCAACGACUUCAUGCGGGAGAUGCUCAACUCGCAACAACUGGAGAAUCUAGCCAUUAAGCAGACCCGCACGGAAUUUCAGAUCAUGCAGCUGAAUAGCACCAUCCAAAACUUGGUCCAGAUCUUCGAAUCGACGGCAUUGGGACCCAAGCGUAGGAGGAGAAGGUCACAACAACUGACCAACCCUGUUACGGCCUAUAUGCAAGCUCAGGGAUUAGACGACGUGGAUGACGAAACAGAGUCUGUGAAGCCGGCGUUCCAAGGCCUUGCCGCUCUCGCUCAGAUCAAAGCUCUCAACUACGCCAUCGAAGACCCUAGCAUCUUUACCGACGAAUUCACGAAUGCGAUCAAACUCCGACACACAGCCUCUGAGAUCCGCUCCGUCGAGCUUUUGCGAAGCCACAUACGCAUCAUCGACGAAGACUCCGACGAGAGCGGGGAAAGCCAGCGCGUGGAAGCGUACUACCAUCCCCCGCACUCUCAGAUGACGUCUGUCUGGAUCGAAUGGAAAAGCUACGAACCACCUCCCUUCCAACCUAGCGGUCCCGAUCCGAAGAUCCACGAGCGCGUCAAAGCCCUGGCCGCGCUGCUCAAAGAAAACAAUUCCAAAGACCAAUUCCGGGCGCCUCACUGCCUAGGUUACUUCCAAGACACCGACCCAGAAACUGGCGAAGACCACUGCCGCUUCGGCCUCGUCUUCGAGAAGCCACCUACGGCCCACCCAAACACACGUCCCAUCUCCUUACGCGCCUUACUCACAUCCGCCGACGUCGACAUGCCCUCCCUCAGCGACCGCAUCGAACUGAUGAAGCUUCUCAGCGAGACCCUUGAGCGCCUCCACGCGGUAAACUGGCUGCACAAAGGCCUCCGCUCCUCAAAUAUCCUCUUCUUCAGCGACUGCGGACCACAAGAGAUAUCCUACGCCGACCCCUACAUCUCGGGCUUCGACUACAGCCGGCCCGCCAUGAACGACGACAUGACGGAGAAGCCCCCGGAAAAUGCCUCGUCAGACAUCUACCGGCACCCGCUGGUCCAAGGAUCCGGUGGGCGUGAAGGUUCCGGCGGCGGCUUCAAGAAAUCCUACGACCUCUACGCGCUCGGCAUUAUCCUGCUCGAGAUCGCAUACUGGCAGCCCAUCGACAAGAUCCUAGGGAUCCAGAACCUAGAGAAGGCGAAGCCGAGCGUGACGAUCAGCGCGCGGGACAGGUUGCUGAAAGAGCAGAAAUUUUUGAAGUAUGUGCGGAGCCAUUUGGGGGAUAAAGUGAUGCGGGUGGUGAAGGCGUGUUUGGAGGGACCGGGCGCGUUUGGGUUGAAGAAGAACGUUGAUGAGAAGAAGGAGGUGGUGGGCGCGGAGCUGCAGAGGAUGUUCUAUGAGAAGGUGGUUAAGGAGUUUGUGCAGAUGAGGAUUUAGGGGGGAUCUGGAGCUCUCCUCGGCGCUUUGAGUUUGAGGCUGUAUUGUUAAAAGCUCGGAAGAGCUGGAAGGGGGCUGGUGCAGGAUUUGUUGUAGGCUUGGGUUCGGAAGGUAGGUUUCUUUCGCGGCGCGAUUGUCCAUGUGUUCUGACCAACUGCUUCUUGAUGUGCCUUUCCAAGUCUGUAGUAUAUGCCUCUCGUAGAUCACUCAUGGCUGCAAGCUCCCACCUAAGGCUUUACUUACCACGGUUAUGAUGAUAGCUGUCAAAGCUGUCGCUGCCACUCUGACCCACGGGAACAGGCUGAACCUCGACGAUCCA